AUUACUUUUUUAGUUCAUUGUCAUCCGAAGAACGAGAGUCGGCUUCCUGAAGGGAGUUAUUUUUUCCUCAGUAGCUCAGUGGUAGAGCGGUCGGCUGUUACUGACUGGUCGUAGGUUCAAAUCCUACUUGGGGAGAAUUUAUAGUUCUCGCUUUUCUGACCUAGCGACUUGUUGGAUCUUUCUCUGCUGGAAUUGGGGAUUAAAAUUAGGUGAGCUCUUUUCUUCUCUUACCAUUUGAAUCUCAGUACCCAUGUUUGAUUUACUCUGUAAAUCCAUUCUCCAUAGAAAAAAUGGUUACUUUAUCACUGCUCGAAACCCAGUAUUAACUUGUGUUAGAUUUUUGUCAACUGAUGCAAAUCAACACUCAUUUACUAUUUCUUAUCUGAUAAAAACAUAUGGAUUUUCUCCUGAAUCAGCUGUAUCGAUCUCUAAAAGUGUCAGUUUUGAAAACCCAGAAAAACCUGAUCUUGUUCUGUCAUUUUUCAAGAACCUUGGAUUCUCAAAAUCCCAAAUCUCUGAAAUAAUCAGAAAGUACCCAAGAAUCCUAUCACCCAAUCCUGAGAAAGCGAUUUUCCCUAAAGUUGAGUUCUUUCGUUCUAAAGGCGCUUCAACUCCUGAUCUUAUAAGAAUCUUCUCUUGUUAUCCUUGGCUCUUUACGAGAAGCUUAGACAACCAGUUGGUUCCUUCUUUUAAUUUCUUUAGAGAUUUUCACCAAUCUGAUGAGAAGACCAUUGCAGCAAUUAAGCGUUAUCCUAAUAUUUUAGCUCGUCGGCUUGAAACUGCUGUGAUACCUAAUAUAAAUACUUUGCAAGAGAAUGGAGUUCCUGCUGCAAAUAUAUUGUUAUUAGUUCGUUAUCAUCCCCAAAAGAUUGAGAUGGAAACAGAUAAGUUUAAAAAGAUUGUGGAGGAAGUGAAGAAAAUGGGAUUUGACCCAUUGAAGUCACAGUUUGUUUUAGCAAUAAUGGUAUUAAUUGGAACGAGCAGAUCAAUGUGGGAUAGGAAGGUUGAUGUUUAUAAAAGGUGGGGCUGGUCUACUGAAGAUAUUUAUAGAGCCUUUGCAAAGUAUCCAUGGUGUAUGGCAAUUUCUGAAGAUAAGGUUAUGGCAGUAAUGGAUUUCUAUGUCAACAAAUUAAAUUUAGAAUCUUCUGUCACUGCGCAUCGCCCUUUGCUGCUUUCACUGAGCUUGAAGAAGAGGCUUGUUCCAAGAGCUUCAGUUAUUCAGUUUCUAUCAUCUAAAAGUUUGAUUAAAAUGGAUUCCGGUAUAACUAGAGUGUUCGAGUAUACAGAGAAGGAUUUCAUGGAAAAGUGCAUCAAUUGUUAUGAAGAAGCACCUCAACUAUUGAAGCUAUAUAAUGAGAAAUUAGAGCUCUCAAAACAGCUAGAUGAUCAGCAACAGGGAAAGAGAAAGAUGGUUUUGCAUUUUGGCCCCUUUGGUAGAGAUGCUGGUAGUUGUAAUACCUGAUAGUAUUAUGGAUAGCUUGAUGCUGGUAGGCAGUAAUUGAUAAUUGAUUUGCUGCCAUGGACUUCAUAGUUAGGAACUACAUUGGUUAUAGUUAAAAAGUGCAAUUAACUCAAGCGUUGACUGUAAAUCAAACUUCUGAGAACAUCUUUUGGUUUGCUAUUCUUGAGUGAAAUUAAAGCUCAAGACUUUUUGAUGGUAUCAGUAAAGAGUUUAAUUCUUGUUCA